ACAGUGCAGGAGUCACACCUGUAGGGCAGCGGCAGGUGAUCCGGGAGUUUGGAUAUAUACAAUUUGACAGACCACAAGGAUAUUCAUCAGCUGGCAGCUGCAGCUCAAUCUUUGUAAAUUGCAAGCAUCUCGUCUGAACAUGGAAUUCGAUAACAUGAAGUCCUCCGCCGCACUCAUUUAUGACGAGUUCAUCCAAAACGCAGACAGACGGACGGCGAGCUGGUUCCUUAUGUCGUCCCCUGUGCCCCAAGCCAUCGUCAUCGCAGCGUACAUCUACUUUGUCCAGUCGCUGGGGCCUCGGCUGAUGGAGAACCGCAAACCCUUCGACCUCAAAGGAGUCCUCGUAGUCUACAACUUCGGCGUGGUGGCUCUCUCGCUCUACAUGUGCUAUGAGUUUGUGAUGUCAGGAUGGGGAACCGGAUACUCUUUCGGCUGUGACCCGGUCGACUUCUCUGAUUCACCACAGGGUGUGAGGAUGGCGGCAACAUGCUGGCUUUACUACUUCUCAAAGUUCAUUGAGAUGCUGGAUACGAUCUUCUUUGUGCUGAGGAAGAAGAAUAGCCAGGUGACAUUUCUUCAUGUCUACCAUCACUCAAUCAUGCCCUUCACCUGGUGGUUUGGCGUUCGUUUUUCUGCAGGUGGCAUGGGGACAUUUCACGCCCUGCUUAACUGUAUCGUCCAUGUCAUCAUGUACACCUACUACGGCCUGACUGCUUUGGGCCCCAAAUAUCAGAAGUACCUGUGGUGGAAGAAGCACCUGACUACCAUUCAGCUGAUCCAGUUUGCGGUAGUGACCAGCCAUAUCUCCCAGUAUUUCUUCCUGAAGGACUGCUCCUACCAGUUCCCCAUCUUCGUCUACAUCAUCGGUUCGUACGGCCUGAUUUUCUUGUUCCUCUUCCUCAACUUCUGGUACCACGCCUACACCAAGGGCAAGAGGCUGCCUAAAGUGCUGCAGAAUCAGAAAUGGGAACACCACAGCAAUGGGCUUAUGAAUGGAAAUGCCAGUCAUGACAAAGAAGAGUGACGCAGGUCUCUGCUCGUCAGGGGGUGUCGGAGGGGGGUUGCCCUCGUUCAUGUAAGCAAAAUGCAUCGGAGAUUCCACUCCAAUUAGUUUGGACUGUAUUUUCUACUUGCAACUGCAAAAGACAAUCUUUGCUUUUUGACCAAAGCUAUAUAUAUAUAUAUAAGAGGUUUAUUGACUCAAGCUGAAGGGUUUUAUCUUGUUUGUUUACAAUGAAGGUAAAGCCCAAGUUCUGCUAUGGAAGUACCCUAAUAUCCCUCCGCUCUACUACAGUAUGGUUUUAAAAUAUUUCAAAAAAACUCAACUCCACUAAUCACACUGAUGGGGUUUCACCUAUGGUGAGACUGUGGGACCCACGGCUAUACAGUCAAACUGGGCUUCUUCAAAAAAGCUUCCAAUACUGAGAUUUAACUUCUGUGACUUGAUCUUACUUUUUUUUUUUUGUUGUUGUUUUAGGAAACCCAGUUAAAGGUUUUUAAAGUUGCGCACUGAAAAGUUUUGUUAUUUCACCUGGCCAAAAAAAAGAUUACUUUGACUAUUCAGUUGAUUCUUUUUUUUUUUUUUAAAAAUGGUAUUCAGGCUACACAUGUCCUGUUCAGGUUGUCGUCAACGAAUGGUUGAACAUGGUUUUUUUUUUUUUUUUUUUUUUAUAAAAACCUCUUAGGUUCUAUGACAUAUGCACGCCCACUUCUCUAUGGUUGAGUCACAACUGCUGCUGAUGGUACAGGCAUUCAGUGAAAAGAGCGAUCUUUAUACAGCAGAAUCAAUGUGUUCUCCAAUGAAGCUAUGAUGUGACGGAGAUGCCAGAGAGGAAGGCUGACCGACCUUUGGGUUCUUGUAGGAUGCAGAGCUUGAGCUAGUUUUACUACGUCCUCCUGGCAAAAUAACACUGUAUUAAGUGCACUAUAUAUAUGUAUGCACAAUUACAUGGAUUCACUAUUAGCCACCCAGAAAAGACAUGAGCAGCCUUACUUGCCUGCUUUUUAAAAAAGAAAAAGGGGGGG